CUUUUUCCUCGCAAAACUUUUGUUCCGCUUUUUAAAAAUUUCAUAUUAUUUCACUUUUUCAUUUACCCUGCAUUGCAUACAUAUUACAACUUGAUAUAUCCUUUUAUACACAAACACAAACACAAACACACAUACCAUUUCAUUAUUUAUGCCCGCAUUCGAGAAAAAGUCUGUACCCAGCCACAUCACUAACAUACGCACAGAACCCAAAAAAAUAAUACCACCCGCAAUGAGCCUAUCGCAAAUUAACGCUUGGUCAAAUGUCCUCGUUCGCAGCCAGGCCACGGGCCAGCCGCAGUUAUUUAGCAUCAUGUCCGUUGGCAGCUACUGUGUACGGUGCAGAAAGUGCCAGCACCAAAGCCUGGUGACUCCAAACAUCCAUAACGCCCUUCUCUGUACUCACUGUGAGGAAGAGCUGCGCAUACCGCUGGAUGCGCACUUUGCAUGCCCGGCAGUGCUAAAAAGCCAAUUUGCUGUCAUGCAACCGUUCAACAUCGAGCAAUUCCUCGCUAGCCAGGCUCACGGAUUAUGUACAGGAAAGAGCAAUAACAGCAGUGUGCGCGCCUUCGUCGGGGUUAUGGACAUGUCAAUCACAAAGGUUGCACACUGUAUUGUUUGUCGUGAGACUUAUCCCGCCAACUACGUUCCCAGCGAAAAACAUAUCUGCGCGUGCGGUGCCCGGAACAGCGUAAUCGGGUUAGAAAAUCCAACUCACAGUGAAUCUGGGGCUAUGAGUCGCAAAUUGUCAUUGUGUUUGGCAAAUCUUUUCCCGUUUAUUCGAAACUCGCAAGCAGAGAGCUCAUACGGCCUGGUGCCCGUCAACAAAAAGCAUGUUCUGGCUGUCGUGUCAGGGGGAACUUUGAGGUGCUAUGCGACCAACGUGAGUACACAGCAACACAUAUUGGUAUGCCAGGUUGAGCUCAACGAUGCGUAUUUUGCGUCAAUAGAUCCGAAUGCAAAUAUCAUUGGAACAGCUGCUGGCCUGCGCAUUGUCAUGGAUCUGGGAUCGCGGGAUGUCGCAAACUUGUGGCACGGCAUUUUGGUCGGCCAGGCGCAGGCUGUUGACAGCUCACAGCAAGGAAAUAUUGAGAGCGACAUUUCCUCUGCUGCUGCUGCCACCACUGAUAUCAACACCAACGCCGAUAUAGAUGCUUCUGCCACAGCACUGCGCCUCGUACAAAUGUAAAAUAUACGGUUCUCUAAAAAAAUGGACGCCGAGUAAAAACAGACAUACCAAAUUAGUAUAUAUUCGAUAUUUUAUCACGAAUCAAUAUUGUUUAUAAAUAAAUUUUGUUUAUA